AUGGUUCAAAAUACCACUCAAGCGGAACUCACCCCCGAUGAAGACAGCAUCAGAAUGAUGUUGACCUGCAAGGUCCACAUCGGAACCAAGAAUGUCGAGAACAAGAUGAGAAAAUAUGUCUUCACAAGAACACAGGAGGGUGUACAUUUGAUUGACCUUUCCUGGACCCUCAAGAAAGUCAAAUUGGCAGCCAGGGCCAUUGUUGCCGUUACUAACCCCGCUGAAGUCGUAGUGGUAUCAGCAAGGCCAUACGGUAGCAGGGCGAUCCUGAAGUUCUCACACUACGUUGGAUCACAACCGAUCGCUGGUAGCUGGGUACCUGGUACACUUACCAACCAGAUCACCCAAAAGUUCAUUGAACCAAGACUUAUGAUCGCUACCGAUCCUAGGACGGACGCUCAGGCACUCAAGGAAUCCUCCUACGUCAGCCUCCCGGUCAUCGCCCUUUGUGACACUGAUUCCCCUCUGCAGUUUGUUGACAUUGCUAUCCCAUGCAACAACAAGGGAAAGAAGUCCAUUGCACUCAUGUACUGGCUCUUGGCACGUGAGGUACUCUACCUUCGUAACCAAAUCCAGAGGCAUAUGCCAUGGGACAUUAUGGUAGACACCUUCUUCUGGAGGGAUGCCGAGCAGUUGGAAAUGAAGGCUGAAGAACAGAAACGUGAGGAACCCAUGUCCGCCCUUCGUCCACCCAUGCCUCCUAACGUAGAAGGUGACUGGAGCCAGAUGCCUGGUGCACGCCCAGGUUCCGACUGGAAGGUCAUGGCAACUGGAAACGAUGAAUGGGGAAAUUUUGUCGAUGGCAGGACCACAUGGCAAUAA